AUGAAUAUAAAAAUAGGGUAUGUAUUAAAAAUUUUAAAUAAAAAUAUUAAAUUGAUUUGUAUUUCUUUUUAUAGAUAUAAUAUUAAAUAUAAAAAAUUAAAAUUAAUAAAUAAAUUUAUUACAGUUUAUGAUAAUAGAAAUGAAAUUGUUAAAAAUGAUUAUAUAUUAUUUAAAUAUUAUAAAAAAAGUAAAUAUUGUAAUUUUAAAGUAGUUAAAAUAUUAUGA